ACGAUGGUCAAGAUGGUCGAGUUUGGGAUUUUACGGAACGUAAUGCUGGCUUACGGAAUACCAUCACAAUGCAGGGGCGGGGCGGCAUGGAGCAUGGUUUUGUCCACUGGAGUGCAAAUUUUGAUGAAAUUCAAGAUUUUGAAAAUGAUAUUCGUGGCUUUUUUGGAGGUAAAGGUUUAAUGAGUGAUGCUGAUUUUGCUCUGACCAAAGAUCCAUUAGGGGCACCAAAAAAAGGGAAAAGUGCAGAUUUGGACGCGCUAGCGGCUUAUGUUAGUUCAUUAAAGCAACUUCCUGCGAGCCCCUACAAAACUGAAGACGGACAAUUGACCGAAUCCGCUUUGAGAGCCGGUUAUAACCGUAUCAGCAAAGUCAAAACCACCAUCAAUGGUGUAACAACCGAGAAAACUUACCAGUACGGCACGGAUAACUAUGGCAGGGCUGCUGCCAAUGUCCUCCAAGACGAGAAAAACAGCUAUACCUACAACAUGCUUAACCAAAUGACUGGUGUCAAUGGGCAAGUGAAUUUGUAUGAGUAUAACGACAAAAAUGAAAGGGUUAGCAAAAAGCAAGGUGGCAGUUUUGUGACCUAUGUCAAAUCAGGGACGAGUUGGACAACACCAACUGAGGCAUUGACGCAUCUGCAGUUUGUCUAUGACGAAAGCGGCAUUCCAAUAGCGACCACCCAGCGUAAUCAACUGCAUUAUAUUCAUGCAAAUUAUCAAGGGGUUGGUAAACUGAUCACCAAAACCAAUAAGGCUAUUGCAUGGCGUUGGGAUGGUGCGGAUGCCUUUGGCAGUAGCGAUGGCAUUCAAGACGAUCCCGAUAAAGAUAAUAUCAAACUGUGGUGGAAUGCACGGUUGCCAGGUCAGUACUUUGACAGUGAGUCAGGGAACUAUUACAAUUACCACAGGUAUUACAACCCAAGAACGGGGCGGUAUUUAACGCCUGAUCCGAUUGGGAUUGCGGGUGGGUUGAAUCCUUAUGCUUAUGUGGGGGGGAAUCCGGUGGCGUUUGUGGAUCCAUCGGGAUUACAAUUUUGUCCGCCUGUACUGCCACCGGUGAACCCAAUUCUACACACACAAAUCCAGGAAGUGGGCAGGAAAGACAUUACGGACCUGAUGGUAAGCCGCAAUGGGAUAUUGAUUAUGAUCAUCCUCAUGAUGGGAUGCAGCCCCACGGGCACAACUGGGAAAACGGAAAAAGGCAACCCGGAGUACCAAUUUCACCACUCCCAAAAAGGUAUUCCAAUAGCGACCACCCAGCGUAAUCAGCUGCAUUUUAUUCAUGCAAAUUAUCAAGGGGUUGGCAAACUGAUCACCAAAACCAAUAAGGCUAUUGCAUGGCGUUGGGAUGGUGCGGAUGCCUUUGGUUCAAGUGAUGGAAUCAAUGAUGAUCCUGAUAAGGAUAAUAUCAAACUGUGGUGGAACGCACGUUUACCUGGGCAAUAUUUUGACAGUGAGUCAGGGAACUAUUACAAUUACCACAGGUAUUACAACCCAAGAACGGGGCGGUAUUUAACACCUGAUCCGAUUGGGAUUGCGGGUGGGUUGAAUCCUUAUGCUUAUGUGGGGGGGAAUCCGGUCAAUUUUACGGAUGCAACAGGAAACAUCGUCGACACGGCGCUUGAUGUUGGUUUUAUUGGUUAUGACCUCUACCGUAUCUUAAAAGAUAAUGUGUUUGGGAAUUGUGAUAACUUUAAUACGAACUUGGCGGCAUUGGGUGCGGAUGUGGCUGGGGCUUUGGUUCCGUUUGCGACUGGGGGUGGACUGGCGGUUCGGGGGAGUGUUAAGGCUGUAGGCAUUACUGAUGAGGCGAUCCAUGCAGCUUUAAAGAACUCUGACUUGAAGACCACUCAGUCAGCAAUAUCAAAGCCUGUAGUUGAAAACUAUGUUCGUCGCCUUCAGGCU